UCUCUCUCACACACCACACACGAAAAGGGAUGGUGGAUGCUCCUGUCUCGAUGGCUAAGACUAGGUGGGAUAAUCAUGCGUGUCUGGCCCCGGGCGUUGAUGCAGCUGCCGUUGCCUGAUCUUUACUGGGCUGAGGGUAGGGUUGUUCCGGUUCCGACUGGAUCUUCAUCUCGAUUCGGCUUGACAUCGAUGUUAUCAAGCUAUUUACAUGUAAGAAGACAACGACUGAUGUAGCCUAAAAAGCGCAACCGCAAUUAUUGAACAAAUCUGAAUGGAGUAAUUAAAUGCUACCAUCGAUGGAGGAGGAUCUUGUUUAUAAUAACUAAUGAAGUGCUGUCUUGGAGGAAGGGAAAUAACCAGGGACAUCCCUGUGAGACGACCGGCUCUCCUGUUUGCUGCGAUUUUUAAAAAAUGAGAUCGGUACGUAGGCUGCCGUGAAAAUAACAUAAUUGCAUUAGUAAUCAGGCUAGGACACCCUCUCCACCAGCACCCUAUUUUCGCUGUUCCAGGGGCAGCAAACGCGGCAGCGAACGCAAACCCGUCCACGGCCCGGUCCGCGCCAUCAAAUCGACGCAUUACUGGAUGGGGAGUAGCAUAGACUGUGAAGACCGUGAGUGCGUGUGUCAAAAGGGGGACAGAGGGAGACCGGGCCAGCUCAACCCCCUGCACCGGUUAAUUGCGCUCUAAUCUGGCAAGUUUGGAGGGACGGAGAGUCCGGUGCAGUAAGGGCGCCUCAAUGACCGUCUCAUCCCGGGACAGGUAGAGAAGGCUAGAGAACGGCGGCGUGUUUGGAAGUUUUGAUGCAUAUGAUCACAACCACCAUGAUUUUUAUGAUUCUUGGCGCUUCAGUUGUAAUGGCGAUUGCCUGUUUAAUGGACAUGAACGCACUACUGGAUCGCUUUCACAACUACAUCUUACCGCAUCUACGAGGGGAAGACCGCGUCUGUCAUUGCAACUGUGGAAGGCAUCAUGUCCACUAUGUGAUCCCAUACGAUGGGGACCAUUCUCUGGUGGACUCGUCAGAGAACUACUUUGUCAGUGACAGCGUAACCAAGCAGGAGAUGGACCUGAUGCUGGGGCUGCUGCUGGGCUUCUGUAUCAGCUGGCUCCUACUGUGGCUGGAUGGAGUGCUGCACUGUGCUGUCAGGGCAUGGAGGGCCAGCCGCUACUAUGACACCCCUUCCUGGUCAUGGCUCCCCUCAUUCUGUAACCUUCGAGAUCUGCGUCGACGCGCCCAGCUCAGACAGCUGGAGGACUCCACUGGCAACAUGGUCCACAUCAAGCAGAAGCUCUACCACAACGGCCACCCCAGCCCACGCCACCUCUGACUCUGAAACAAGAAUCCCCCGUCCAGCCCCUCAAACUGCCCCAAGGCCAACUGCUGCCUCAGAGACACUGGAAAACUGCCCUCCGACUGUUCAUAACACACCUGGCCCGAAACUUUCUUACGAUGACCUUGACACAAGUCAGCACCCACCAAUCCAAACUCGAGCAGAAGAUAGUCGUCACUGAAAUCUUGUCUAUGUCCAUGUCCACCAUUGAGGUAGGAAGGAAAAACAAGCAUUUUUAAGGGUGCUUUCUGUAUAGAAAAAUGUUCUGUGUUCAUUGUUGAAACUUGGCAUGAUCUUUUAGAACAGGGUAUGAUGAUGGGGGGCACAGUGUUUAUUAAAAAAAAUCUCUAUGGGGAGGGUAUUUCUCGAAAGUGGGAGGGAGGUAAAUGGAUAGGGGUGGGUUUCAAGAUUUUAUGAUGGGAAGUUUAGAUUGCUGCUUCUGUAAAUACUUCUAAAUAUGGGGAAGUGGGAACACAGGGUAGGUUUGUUCGUGAGUGUGGUGAGUCAAGUGUUACGAGUAGAGCUGAUGGACUGUAUGGAAGGAUAAACAGAGCGUAGGAAAGAGGAGGAUGACAGUGCGUCUGGAAGUGAACAGUGUGAUGUCUGCUAAAAACAGAUUAAUUAGUUUUGUUACCUAGUGAAUUAAAUGAAUGUAUUAAUUUUACCUGUAAAUAUAAGAGGGGGAGGGGAGCAUACGUUUGUGGUUAGGGUUCUCUGCACUGUUAUUAUGAGAAGGUAGAAAAUGAAUGCCAGUCAAGAUAAGACGGAGGCAGUUCAGUGCUUCCCUCGUCUUCCCAAUAUUGUGUCCAAUAGCACUUCCCACUUUGCUACAUCCAAUUCCUUCAUACUUACUCAAAAGCAACCAGCCUAGAAGCAGUGGGAACCCUCACCCAGUCCCUCUCUCCCUCUCUGUCCAGACAUUGCUGUUGUGAAGAUAAAAUGUCUGUUUUAUUAAAAGUGCCAUUGAAGCACAACAGUGA